AAGGCGUGGACUUAACCAUCACCCGUGUGCUGUAUGAACCUGCACAAAAACAGAUCAUCCUGAGCUUGUGUUUCCACGUAUAGGUUGUUAGGUCAGAUCAGGUCAAGUUAUAUUAGGUUUUGUAUUAUACAGGUGGGUUUGUAGUGAAGUUGAAACAAAUGAACCUGCUUUGUGAAGUAUUGGCUGACCACCUUGAGGGGUUUACUGUUAUUUAUUUGUCCAGAAAUGAUACAUUCAAAACUCAUCAUUUGCAGUUGGACUCUUGAAAGGGUUAUUGAUGACGAAAUUAUUCAUUUGAAUUAGCUGCCAUAAAUAUUCAAUUUCAUGUGUUGAGAAGAUGACAUAUGUUUAACAAUGCCACUAUUUCCUGCAUGUCAGGCACCAACCUCCAGUUCUUCAGACUCCCAGGUAGGAUGGCCUUCAUCACCAUCUUGCUGACAUCAGUGUUGCUCUACAACUACUACACAUCCUUCCUCGUCUCCGCCUUGACGAUAAACAAGAUAACUCUGCCUUUCACAGACUUUCAGAGUAUGCUUAAGGCUGGCACACAUACCUUCAGUUUUAAUGGUGGUGGGUCACUGGAAAACUACUUCAGGUAUGCUAACAACCCAGUGUGGCAGAGGGUGUGGAGGGACAUGAUCUUGACCAACCCCAAGAGCUUAACAACAGUUGAUGGACUAGCCCAGGUGCUGGAGGGUUCUCAUGCCUUCCUCAUCAACGAAGUGUAUUUCUAUACAAAAUACUAUCACUGUGGGUUUAUAGCCCUGCCUGGUGUGCACUUUCCGGUCCAGAAGUCAUGGCCAAUGCGCAAGAAUUCUCCUUUAUUUCCUCUCUUUGAUCACCAAUUGAGAGUAAUGGCCGAGUCUGGUAUAUUGAUCAGAGCCAGGCAGACUUGGAUGAAAACCAGAGACACUUGUGAGAGUACACAGUUUCAAGCUAUGGAGCUAAGCAACAUGGUCAUGGCUUUCCUCAUACUUGGUGCAGGGAUGAUCCUGGCCACCUUUUUCCUGUUGAUGGAAUGUAUCAUUAGCAAGUGUCAGUGGUUAUAUAAGCCUUAUAGUCAUAAUAUUCCAAGAAGAUUUAAGGCAAUCAAAGACAAACAUCAGAUACAUACCUCAUCUGCAUAAUUUGAAUCUUCUUUCAAGGAAAACUUGGUUUUCUAGUUUUAAAAUCAUGUCAUUCGUGAAAAAAAUAUCAGUAUAAAGUACUGAAGUGUAGUUAAUUCAUAUCAAACAUAAUUACAGUAUUCAUAAUCAAGAUCCCCUUUUAUAAUACUUGUACUGUAUGUAUGUUUCAGGAUGACAUCUCCCGAAUUAUGAAACAUAUUUCCAAAAUACCCUGAAUAAUUUAAUUUAAGAAAAUAAGAGGACAAGUUACAAAUUAUAUGUACAGUAUAUGUAUGUGUAUUUACAAUAACUAGUACUUACACCUACUACUAAUCUCUCAUUCGUGCAUGAAUAAAUAAAUUACUUUUCCUUAAAAAUAUUCUUCAUGAGUUAAAAGAUAUUUUUUGAAUUGUUGAAAUAAAGAGAGGCACUCUGCAGGUCUGAAAAUUAAUCAAUAUAUAAUAGUGAAUCAUCACAAGGUUCACAAAUGUUAGGUGCUUGUGGAAAGAUUUUACCUGAAGUUAAAAAUUGAGCCAGUGAAAAUAAUAAUAGUUGGUCUUUUGUCUCUCAAAAGCAUCAGUUCUUCUAAAGAAUUCACUACCAUUUGAAACACUACAAAGUCAAGGAUCUGAGAAUAAAAGAAAUACAGCUACUCACCGACUUAAGAUGGGUUUCGGGACCCAAAUCCAGGUAAAUAAUACAUAGAAAAUCUAAAAUGGGUGUCUCUUUUUCUUCUCAGCACCACAAA